GAGAUUUAAUUAGAUUAACCAGAUUUAAAAAAAGGGGCUUACCUUUUUGUUUCGUCGUCUCCAGUUUAACCAUCUGUCAUUUAUUGAUUUCGUUAGAUUAACCAUCUGUCAUUUAUUGAUUUCGUUUCGUCGUCUCCAGUUUGUCAAACGAAGAAAGGACAGAGCGAUUGGUGGAUCCCUAGCUAAUUUUGAAAACUUCCUCUGGUGUUUGAUUCGCGGAAGAAGGGAGUUUGAGCAGCUUCAACAGUUGAAUUUCGAUUGAGAAGAGGUGUUUGGGAGGUGGUACUAUGGGAUAUCUGAAUUCAGUGUUGACAUCUUCGAGCCAGGUUCACGCCGACGAUGGACCUGUUAGCGGCGGCGGCCUCAGGUUCACUUUCAGGAUUACAAAAGAUGAGAAGAUAUGAUAGAUUUACUUAGAAAAUGGAAUUAUAAGAUGUCUGAUUAUAUAUGUUAAGGCGUUACCAUCGUUCCUAGACUACUUAAAGUCAACCUUAUGUCUUCUUUCAUUAUCGCUUAUAAAUUGUUUUUUUUCUUUUCAUAUAUGAAGGCUUUGACCGUAAUUGUUUUUUUUUCUUUUAAAUAUCUUCUUGUUAUGUGCAGUCAGAACGGGAAGUUCAGCUAUGGAUACGCAAGCUCUCCUGGUAAAAGAUCUUCCAUGGAGGACUUCUAUGAGACUCGAAUCGAUGGCGUUCAUGGGGAGAUCGUUGGUCUUUUUGGUGUCUUUGAUGGACAUGGAGGUGCACGUGCUGCUGAGUAUGUGAAGCAAAAUCUAUUCAGUAAUCUGAUCAGGCAUCCAAAGUUCAUCUCUGACACUACUGCAGCAAUAGCUGAUGCAUACAACCAAACGGACUCGGAGUUUCUUAAAUCAGAAAAUAGUCAGAACAGAGAUGCUGGUUCUACGGCCUCAACAGCCAUCUUAGUUGGUGACCGUUUACUUGUUGCAAAUGUAGGGGACUCUAGAGCCGUCAUAUGCAGAGGUGGCAAUGCUAUUGCUGUAUCCCGAGAUCACAAGCCUGAUCAAAGUGAUGAGCGCCAACGAAUUGAAGACGCGGGAGGAUUUGUCAUGUGGGCUGGAACAUGGAGAGUUGGAGGAGUUCUUGCUGUUUCUCGUGCAUUUGGCGAUAGAUUAUUGAAGCAGUAUGUCGUUGCUGAUCCGGAGAUACAGGAGGAAAAAGUUGAUAGCUCUCUGGAGUUUCUCAUUCUUGCGAGUGAUGGUCUCUGGGAUGUUGUAUCUAACGAGGAAGCCGUGGGCAUGGUCAAGUUGAUAGAAGAUCCCGAGGAAGGUGCAAAGAGACUGAUGACCGAAGCUUACCAAAGAGGAAGUGCAGACAACAUAACUUGUGUCGUUGUACGUUUCUUCUCAGACCAGACAGGAGCAGUAGGUACCAGCAGCAACAGUAUCCCAAUCGAUCACGGUAUUAUACCAGACAGAAGCUCCAGUGACCCAUCAACCUAGUUCUAACAUUGGUAACGUACCUUUGGGUUUCUCAGUUUCAAAAUUUACUCAAAAGAAACAACUGGAUCUGGAAGGUUAUAUAUUGUUUUAAAAAGAUCGAGAAUAUAUAUAGACAAAACUCUUUUGCACGAACGUUGUUUUUCUUGUCUCGUGUCACUUUUGUUGUUGUUAUACAUUGGUUACUUGGCUAUGUAAAGAAACAUAUCUGUGGAUUUGAGUUUCAUCUCCAAAAUGGAUUUGCAACAUUGGUAUAAGUGAACUAUUAUUAUUCCAA